AUGAGGUUGACAGCCUCCUUGGACGACACUGAAUCGAUCGCAAUGCUGACAGCCAGAGGUUUGGUCAAGUGCCCUCACACAACAUGUGGCUAUUUCUUGACCACUCUCAUACCCCCGCCACGCCAUUUGGAAUAUAAGCAUCGAUGUUUUGAUCCUGGAAGUUGUCCAGGCUGUAUUGGUCCAAUUAAACAAGAUGAGCCCAAGAAGUAUGAAUGUAAGCAUGAGUGCACCAAGGACUACAACGACAAGGAGUCCAUGUUUGAACACUGCAAGGCCCUACAUGGAUGCAAUCACACAUAUGGAGCAUGCCCAAACACUCGAGCAUACCGUUGUCUCCGAUUCUAUGCCCCUCCCGGCGACACCCAAUCAGUCAAGAGGUUCCUUGACGACCGUUUCGUCGGGUGUGAUCAUUCAGAGUGCAUCUACUUCUUCAAGAGUGUAGCCUCCAAGAAGCUACACAUGAAGCUAAUGCACAAGUGUUCCGAUCCACAACGAUGCAAGGGUUGUCAGGAGGGAGGCAUGUUUGUCGAUGGUCCCAACAUUGUCCUUUCAAGAGUGGUCAUCAGUGGAACAGUGUUACCAAAACUUAAUCCACCCUCGAGGAAGAAGAUCAGGACAACGACAUCCAACAACAGCAGCAAUCAGCAGAACAACAUUGACAUGUGGAGCGAGGGCACGUUCAAUGUCAUCAAAUGUCCACACGUUGGAUGUGAGGAGUAUGGCCAGCCAAGAAUGAUCAACCAACAUCUUCGACUGCCACACAAAUGUCCAGUGUCACAACAACAACAACAUUGUGAUGGUUGCAAGUUGUCUCGUAACUGUGAUCAUCAACAUGAUUGGUUGCUCGUAUGA